UCUCUGUUUCCGUCAGGACUAUACUGUUACGAACACACUUGAGCAACAGUGCUGUCCACACGUGAAGCUUGUGAAUUCUUGUUACUCUAUUUAUUUGACUUAAUUCCCGUUCUGAAUUCGUUUACAAUGGUAGAAAUAGGCGAAGAGCCCCAGAUGGGAUUUGAGUCCGAGGAAGACGACGACGAAUUAUCCGACGGCGAGCUGCAAGAAGCUUUCUCCAAGGGUUUGCUCAAACCUGGACUGAAUGUUCCUCUGCUCGAGCCGAAGAAGGCCAUCAACAAUGUGGAGGGUCUUAAGAAAUGCCUGGCUGAGUUUAAGAAGAGCCUGCCAUGGGCUGAAAGGCUGGACCUCACUAAUUACCCGGCGGCUGACAUUGCUGCGCAAGCGGAGGGCAGAGCGCAGCAAGCUGAAGGGAGUGAAGACGUCAGCGCAGAGGAUGACUUUCAGAGGGAGAUGUACUUUUACCGGCAGGCCCAAGCAACUGUUUUAGCAGCGCUGCCAAAGCUGCACAAGUUUAAGAUUCCUACCAAGAGACCUGAGGAUUACUUUGCAGAGAUGGCCAAGACCGAUCAGCACAUGCAGAAGAUUAGGAAGAAGCUUCUUCUGAAGCAAGCUGCAAUGGAGAAGUCAGAAAAGGCCAAGAAGCUCAGAGAACAGAGGAAAUAUGGCAAAAAGGUUCAAACACAGGUGAUUCAGAACAGGCAGAAACAGAAGAAAGCAAUGCUGACAGCAGUAAAGAAGUAUCAGAAAGGAAUGACAGAUAAAUUGGACUUCUUGGAAGGAGAUCAAGAUCAGAGACCGAAAGCAUCAGCAGCAAAAAAGCAAAUAAACAAAAAAGGUCCAAAUUCUAAGAAGAAAUACAAGGAUAAGAAGUUUGGCUUUGGGGGAAAGAAGAAGGGCAGCAAAUGGAACACCAAAGACAGCCAUGACGACGUUUCAGGAUUCAAGGCCAAAAUGGCUCAUGGGAAAGGUGGGAAACAUUUCGGCAAAGGAGGCAAGACGAAUAAACGGCCAGGGAAAGAAUCACGGAGGAAAAUGAAGGCACGUAAAUGAACUGUAUCACUCAAAAGAAUUGUGCCAUUAAAAAUACUUUUUUAAAAA